CUGCCCCCUUCCGGCUCACCCGGCUUCUGUCUGCUGUUGCUCCCUGGUGCAGAAUAGAGAAUCAGCGCGUAACGACGUCUUCCUCUCCCUCUCGUGUGAAUAGGUGCAGCCUGACUGGUAACCCGGAGCCCGUGGCCUGCUGCAGAGGUGAAGGGACACGGCUGUUUUGUGCCUUACUCUGCUUUGUUCGACGUGUAUUGCCUGACUGGACCUACGGUACUCCUGCAAAGCUUGGUGCUACUCACCGCUGCUUGGCUGUAUGAGCUUUUGCCCUGCUUUGCGCUGUGAAUACUUUGCUUACUGGCCCAAUUUGUUGGCACGUGAUUUACCUUUAUAACUGCAUGCUAAUGGAUUCUUUUGCAUGCUCUUGACAUGAACUGGCAUGUGGACGCCUUUUAAUGAUUAUGCCUAUGGGGUUUGGGGAGGCUAUCGAACCAUUUGAGUUACAGUUAACCUUUCAGUUUUGUUAAUCAUUUGGUUUGUGUUUGUAACUCCAUUGAUUAUUUCUUUUGGGGUUUGUUUUGGUAAUUUCUUUCUUUUGGGGUUUGUUUCUGAUUAUUUCUUCUGGGGCUUAUCGCUAAUUAUUUCCUUUUGGGGUGUAUUUGUGAUUAUGUCUUUCUGGGGUCUGAUUUGAUUUAUUUGGGGGUUGGAUUGUUUCUUUGAGUGAAUUGAACCGUUGGGAUAGUGGGAAUUUAGUUAUUUAUGUUAAGGUAUCUUUGAGUUAAUCUUUUCUUUUGUAAAUUGAAUGUUUGGAGUUACUUUGGUUAUGUUGUUUCCCACCUAUUAGUUAAGGUGAUUAGUUAUUCCCCUUAAUUGAUAGUUUGGUUAAUUUUGUUUAUUGAGUUCUUUUUUUUUCUUCAUUGAAUCACUUUGGUUUUGAAACCUUGUGUUAUUUUGUAUUCUGUUUGUUGGCCCAUCUAAUUUACUUUUUUUCCUUUCAGAAGCUGAGAGCCACAGGUGGAGGAGUUGGUGUCCUGGGUGGUGGUGUCCCCUUCCUGGUGUGCUGUGUUUCCCUGGUUAAGCUUCCCCCUUCACGCCCGUGAGAGUGUGUGUGUUUGGCACGAGCGUCUGGGGUGAUUUGAGGUAGUUUCUUUUGUUUUUGGGAUCCCCCCUCCCUUCACGUCAGCCCCUUCCACCCCUGGUAGCCUCAGUUUCUGUUUGGUCUUAUUUUCCCCCUUCCCCCUUUUUUAUAGCUCUUAGUUACUUUUACAUAUUGCUACACAUUUGUAAUAAAGAAUAUUUUUAUUGACUGGAACCACGUCUCCUGUCUGCUCAGUACGAAUCUGUGCCCUUACUGUGAAUCAGUUAAUUCCUUGGGUGAAAUUCCCAAGGUGGCGUUGUUGGUUUUAACCCUUAUGGUAAUCGUGAAGUGGAAUCAAUUGCUGUAUAAACUCUCACCCCUGAGUUGCCACACUAGGAUGUGUCACCAAAUCAACCAGAUUGACGCCUGCAAUUGUUUACAUCACAUUAAUCACAGUGCAGAUACACCAUCAAGAUGAAAUACUCCAAAAUUUAGUUAUGGGAAUCUAACUGCGUUUUCUGAGAAUAGCUCAACGUUUUACGGUGACGUGGCUUGAAACUGGUUCUGCUGUGUCUGGACAUUAAGGUUAAGACCAAGAAUUAAUCUGAAAUCAAAUAUUUUAGGGGUGAAAGUGGGACAAAUAACGAGCAGUGUUUUCUUCUGUAGAAGUUAGUAGAGCUUACACUUUUUUCGGCAAUAACUGGAAACUUAAGGUUAUUUUUUUUAAUUUGAUAAGUUUUCUUGCCUGUUUUCAGGCUUUGGCAGGUGGCAGAGGUGUUCACUGAGCCCACAUGUGUGUUUGCAAACAAAAUGUAAAACUUAAAGAAAAUGUACAGUAACUGCAAAACUGUUUCUUAGUCCAAAGCUAUUUCAAGAAAAAUCUUAAUGUAGUCACUUUUUUUUUUUAACUAAAGUCGACCGAAAAUACAGCUUUACCCCUUCUUCCACCUAUCAACAGGCUCACAGCUUCAGUACCGUAAAACUAGGAUCUCUCUUUUUUCACACAGCGCCACCCAGUGAAGUGAAUGAGCAUCACAAUUAAAAAAAUUGGUCAGAGUUCAUAGUGGGCAAUCUGUAAUCAUGAUAAUAAGCUCAUUAUCAGGUAAAAUAAAGAUGAAAUCAUAUUAGGCCAGCUUUGAGAGGUCGUAGAGACACAUUAAUAAUAAUGUCUUUAACAGUCAUUAUAAUUCAAUAUGCAAUAAAUAUCUUGAUGACUAUGGUAAAAAUAACAAUGAUGGUGAAAACAUUUGUUAUAAAAAUGGUGAAACAAUAGUACAGAUUAUAACACAAUAACAUCAGGUUGUCUGUAUAUCUGUACCAAAAAGGCAAAUAUCUGUACAACUCGAUAGAAAUACUAGUCUAUAUGUGUCUUACUUACCUAAAUAUCAAAAAUAUGGAGGCAGUGAUCAUAUCAUAAUGAAAAUAAGAAAAUGUUUUUGGUUGGAUAUAUAGAAAUGAGUGUAUGUAAAUAUCUGUGUAUACGUUUUUGUGUGUACAGUUGUAUUUAUGUAAAUAUUCAGAUAACAUAUCUACAUCAGUAUCAUAUCUAAAGCUGUGUAUAACAGAUUAUGGCAGCUAUACAGAUGUCCACAUUUAAUGAUUUAAGUGUAUGUGUAUGAGGUAUAUGUGUAUGUGUAUGUAUACAUGUAACAUAUCAUACAAUAACAAUGUACGAGUCAAAUGUUUUCAGGAUUACGCUUAAUACUCCAGUAAUAUAAUUAUGCACAAUUGCUCUUUCCUUUCCUAUCUCUCUCUUUCUCCUUCUAGUGUUUUCUUUACUCUGGUUUUGUUUUGUUUUUAUAAUUUUUCCACCACUCCUUGUUCUGCAAUAAUCAAUUCAUCACAUGGUGAAGUUUACCCCAUUAAUUGCGUAUUUGGCAGUCCCCAUAAUGACGGCUCUCAAAUGUCAAAGAAAAAGUGAAAGUGAAAGUAUCUUUGUUCCGGUCAUCCAUUUUGUGGGUGCUGCUGCAAAACCACCAACGAUUUUCUUUAAAGGAAAAAAUCAAACAAUAAGAAUCUUCUUUUAACCACAAGAUGGAAGAAGAAGUUGCUGACAGGAAGAGGAAACGUCCUGACUCUUUGACAUCUGAUGACUCCUUUGAGAAGCCAAACGGUUCCUGUGUUGAUCCAUCAGACGGUUCUCAGAUGGGUGCAGCGAAGUUAACAGAUCCACACUUACUCCAAAGGAAGACAUCAACAUCUCCAAGUCUGAUCUCUUUGAAGAAUGAAUCCAUGUACCAUCCUGUGUCUUUUCAUGGUGAAGUAAAAGCAAGACAAGAGAUAGAGGAGCCGAAGAGCGGGGAAUGUGAUGAUACUCUUGUCAAAAUUGCCAGAAACCAGGAAGUUGAUAAAGAUCAAGAAGGGGAAAACCAAAUUUUGAAAAGAAAGGAAAUGUUGAAAAAAGUGAUGCAAGACCAAUUCAGCAUGAUGCACGAAGGCCUCGGUAACCAGCAGAGCUCACUAAAGAGUACCUACACAAAACUCAGCAUCAUCGCUGGAGGGAGUGGAGAUCCACAUCCUGAACAUGUGGUCAGACAUGUCAAACCUAAGCUGGAAAGACGGUCUUCAGAACAACUGGUCAAACUCAGUGAAAUCUUCAAAGCUCUGCCUGGACAAAGGAAAGAAAACAGGAUGGUCCUGAUGAAGGGCGUGGCAGGAAUUGGAAAAUCGUUUUCUGUGCACAAAUUCAUUCUAGACUGGGCCGAAGAGAGAGCAAACCAGCACAUCGAUUUCAUUCUCUGUCUUGCUUUCAAAGAGCUCAAUUUAAGUAAAGAAGACAAAAGUCUUCAAGAGCUUUUGAGGGAAUUUCAUCCUAUACUCCAUGAUCUGGGCGAUUCAGAGGAUCUCAUGAAAGCCAGAGUCAUCGUGAUCCUGGAUGGCCUGGAUGAAAGUCGGUUUGAGCUGAACUUCAACAACAACAAACCAGUAACAUCUGUGGGUGAAGUCACAUCGGUGGCUAAUCUCAUUACAAACCUCAUCCAAGGUAACCUUCUUCCGGAAGCUAAACUCUGGAUAACGUCCCGUCCAGCAGCAGCUGACCAGAUCCCUGCAGAGUUUAUUGACAUGGUUACAGAGAUCAGAGGGUUCACUGACCCCCAAAAAGAAAAGUACUUCAGGAAGAGGUUCAGUCAUGACUUGGGCCUUGCUGACAGAACAAUUUCACACAUUCGUUCAUCACAUAGUCUCGACAUCAUGUGUCAGAUUCCGAUAUUCUGCUGGAUUUCUGCUGAAUUAUUCCAGGAGACCUUUGGAGGAGACAAAAAGGCUGAAAUCCCUCAAACUCUCACAGAGAUGAUGGCACAUUACCUGUUUGCCCAGAUAGAACGCAGAAAUAGAAAAUAUCAUGAGAGGUCAGAGGAAAACCGAGAGCAAUUACUGACGAAACACAAAGACUUCCUUCUGAAACUUGGCAAACUUGCAUUCAUCCAGCUGCAGAGGAACAACCUCAUCUUCUACGAUGAAGACUUUGAGGACUGUGGCAUCGACCUGAAAGAGGCAACCCUCUACUCUGGAUUUUGUUCAGGAGUGCUAAGAGAAGAACAGGUCUUUUCUCAGAAAAAAGUCUUCUUCUUUGUGCACCUGACCAUACAGGAGUUCUUUGCAGCGCUUUUUGUCUACAACUGUUUGACAAACCAGAAAACAGAAGAGCUCAGAGACUUCCUUAAUUUGCAAGAUAAAGAACACAACUUAGUUGAUCUUCUGAAGAUGACAGUUGGGAAAGUUCUGGAGAAGAAGAACGGCCUCCUGGACUUCUUCAUGCGCUUCCUCCUUGGCCUCGUGGUUGAAGCCAAUCGAAGAAUUCUUCAGGGUCUGCUCACAUCACCAGACCCAAGCCAAGAUACUGAAAAGAAAAUCUUGGGUCACCUCAAAGCAAUACAAAGGAAGACCCUGACUCCAGACAGCUGCAUCAGCCUCUUCCAGACCAUGGUUGAGAUGAGGGACCACAAAGUCAAAGAUGAAAUCCAGGAAUAUCUCAGAUUCCCUGAACGUUCCAAAACAGAGCUGACUCCUCUGCACUGCUCCGCGUUGGCCUACAUGCUGCAGGUGUCAAAGAAUGAUCUGGAAGAGUUUGACUUAAAGAGCUACAACACGACGGAUGAGGGAAGAAGGAGACUUAUACCAGCAGUGACAAGCAGCAGAAAGGCUAUACUAGCAGACUGCAAUAAGACCACAGAUUGGAUCGAGCCCCUAGCCUCUGUUCUCAAGUACUCCUACUCUGCUUUGAGAGAUUUGGAUCUCAGCAACGACGACCUAGAAGACUCUGGAGUAACACUGCUAUGUGAUGGACUCUCAAGUGAAUCCUGCAAACUGAAAACACUGAGGCUGUCAGGCUGUCAGAUCACAGAGGAAGGAUGUGUUUUUCUGGCCUCGGCUCUGCAGUCCAAUCCAUCCCACCUGAUAGAGCUGGACCUGAGCUACAAUAACCCAGGAGAAUCAGGACAGGAAGUCCUCUCUGAGCUGUUGAAUGAUCCCAAAUACAAGCUCAGCAAACUCAGCGUUGACCAUGGUGGAAGCCAUAGGAUGAAACCAGGCCUUAAAAAAUAUGCUUGUGAGCUGACGUUGACCUCAAAUGGAGACUAUGAGAACCUCAUUUUCUCUGAAGAGAACAGAAAGGUCACCUGGAAAGACAACGAGCAUCUGUACCCCCAUGACCAAAGAAGCUUGGAUCACUUCAUACAGGCGCUGUGUGAACAGGGGCUACAUGGGCGCUGCUACUGGGAGGUUGAGGCGUCCGGACCAGUGAGUGUAGGAGUCAUAUUAAAAGAGGACAACAAAGAAAGUAUGGAUCAUGUCUGGAUGGGGAACAACGAAAAGUCUUGGUGUCUGGUUUGUGGAUAUGAUGGUUAUUAUAUUUUACACAACAAUGAGAGAGUAGACAUGCCCAAACUUGGAUGGAGAUCCAGUCGGGUUGGGAUGUAUCUGGAUUGGUCAGCGGGAAGUCUGUCAUUUUAUAGAGUUUCCUCUGACAGUUGGGCCCACCUCCAUACCUUCAAAGCAACGUUCAAUAAGCCCGUUUACCCUGCUGUUGACCUUCACCCUCAGUCUUCUGCUGUCUUUUGUCAGCUUAAUUAAACAAACUGUCAAUGCAUAAAUGUUAGCCUCAACUGAAAUAUAUUGACGAAACAGGCAAAAAAAUAGAGCAUUUCCAAAAUUAAAUUCUAAGCUGUUGCAUGUACACAGAUACUCUUAUCACUUUAGGACUUAAAACAUAACAGCAAUUUGUUUUUAAUUGUCAAAUUUGCCAUGCCAUUGUUUGAUAAGAAAAUUUUGGACAUCUGUUGUGAUUUUCACAAUGUUUUACUCUAGUUUGACUAUUAUGAUGAGGCAUUUCCCAGGGUAUACCUCGUAGAGAUGAGGGUUUGAUUCUGCCCAUUAAGGAUGGCUCUUGUUGAUACCAUAAUUUUGUCCAGUAUUUGUUUUUAAAAAAUCACUGUACAUGGGAUUAGCAUGCUUAUGUUGGGCCCUCAUGGGAUACCCAUCAAGGGCAGCCAAUCCAUAUAAAUGUUAGGAGAAAGCACCGUGUUAGGGUUGAGGUAUUUCACGUGCAUCUUAAAUUACAGAAAGGAAUCAUUAGAUUGAUAAGAAAGUGGUAUCUAGUUGUAGAAGCUUAGCUGGACUAUGUUUUCACCUAGCUUGGUGUUUAAUUUUAAAUUUGUAAAAUCAAAAUGUUGAGAAAUGAAAUACAAAUUUGGUCCCCCCACUCUAGAUGGUUAGGGUUAGAGGUCGGGGGCAGGUUAGGGGUUGGGGAAAGAUGUUUCACAUUUUGGUUUCCAGCAAAUCCAGUGAAGAAAUGCUAACAACUACUGUGGUUUGCCCGUUAUCAGCAGAGGUUUUACAGCAUCUUUAGACAUAAACUGAGUUCUCCAAGAAAAACAGGGCCUUGAAAUACACAAAUACACAGGCAAGAAUACUCAAUUUUUAUCUUUUCUCAGAUCUGAUUUUUUUGUUUGGCUGUUCACACUGCAGUCAAAUUCCAAAGUAUCAGAUACAUAUCUGAUUUAGACCGACCUAUAAAAAUGGCCUGAAUCUGAUUUGAAAAGAUCAUAUUCAGUGUGACUUGUGCUAUUCAUACUGUCAGAUAAAGGCCAAAAAAAAAACAGAUUUGGGUCCAUUUUAAAGGGAUAUUUCAGUAUUUUUUAAGUUGGAUUGAAUAAGGUACCUGGCACUAGUAGUAGCACGGGGAACGCUUGGAGAGGCUGGGCUAUGCAGCUACUGAAAGACACAAUGAAAUUGUGUGAUUUAUGCUUUAUACAGGGGUUUUGUUGACAUGUAACCUCUUUGAUUCUGAAUACUGUGCUGACUAUAUUUCAUUUUAGGCCCUGUCCACACAGAGACGAAUUCGGGAGUAUUUUGUCGUAUUGGCGUUUCAUCCACACAGAGACGAAUUCGGGAGUAUUUUGUCGUAUUGGCGUUUCAUCCACGUGGAAACGGCGUUUUGGUAGACAGCAAACGCUACUUUUUGAAACCGGGUCCUACUGUGAACAGAUCUGUAAAUGCUUACAGCCAACCGCAUCUUUCUUGAAACGAUUACACCAAACAUAGCAUAGCUCACUUCAGCCACAUUGGCGAGUCAUGCCAAAACAACAAUGGCGGAUUACAGGGUUGUGUUCAUGCUGCAGAAGCUACUGAGCUUAUUAUGGCUUCAACAGCAAAAUCUGACGCUCCUUUACACUAAUGUUCUCUAAUCCACUGUGGAGAACAACCAAGAGGGCAACUAGAAGAAAGUCUGAGGCAGUUUUCUGUGAUCUUCUUCUCUCUUUUAGUGCAUUUCGGUUGAUUUCAGUCAUUUUCAGUGGUUUCGUGCUUAUGCGGAAAUUUUCUGAAACGAUCCCAUGUUUAUGGAAAAUGGAAAUAUAUCAUUUUCGUCUCCAUGUGGACAAGGCCUUAGUCUUUGAGUGUAUCUUUAUAGCUGAGUUAACCUAUUAUACCUCUUUAUACGUCUACCAUAUAGAAGUAAAAGCUGCAUAAAUCCCCUAGCUCAGUGGUUCUCAGUAGGUGGGUCAGCACCCAAAAGAGGGUCCCGAAGCUCUUUCAGUUGGGUCAGGAAAACAGUCUAUGAACAGACACACUAAAGCCGGGUGUACACUGUGUGAUUUUCCUGCGAUUCAGCCACAAAUUUGGACUGAGAGUCGGAUCGGGCAUCAUUUCUUGUGCUGUGUACAGGGGAAUACGACGGCUGACCACAGCCCGUCGUACGACCGUACCACCUGCUCCCGACUGGUCGUGAGGAUUUCUGGCACAUUUGAUAUUUUGAUCGUAUACGGCUCCAGACACUUAACAGUGAGAGCAGAAACGUGAGCAGAAUAAACAACUUUGGGGGAUUGUUUUCCUUUGUAAUGUUAGACAAUGUCCUAAAUUAAUGACAAGAGCUGGAAUGACUUUCUUUGCGUCGCAAAGUAUGAAAUCACAUUCUGCCACGACUAUCAUAUGAUCGGCUUGAAAUCGCACAGUGUAUACCCAGCUUUAGUGGAUCUACAGUAAAUUCGUACAUGAAUACAUUUUUAGGUUUUCCUAUGAUAAGCAAAUUUACUUGUUUGUCUCAAUACUUCUACUUAUCUCCUUUUUUUUGGACAACACAGCUGGUGUUCCUAAGAUAAUGAGGAAAGACCCAGAGAAAUUAGGCUUUCUCUGGGAAAUAGAGUAAACCAAGAUAAAUGCACAGACAUUCCUUUGUAAUGAUGAGCAUGUUAAGCAUGCUUUUUCAUCCUGUCUUUUUGUUCAGUAUGGGUUUUAUUUCCAUGGUACAAUGUCCAUUUUGACUAAAUAGAGUUGUUGAACAUUUUUAAAAAAAGAACCUGGGUCGCUGAUGCCCAACCAGUUGAGAACCACUGCCCAAAGCUAACACCUAGCUCUUAGCUUACCCAAAACAAAUCCCUGGCAAUAUGUUAUUAUUCACACAAGUUUUGUUUGCUGUUACAUAAAUAUUUAUGGUUAUAGUUACCAGUUUAUUUAUUUCUGUGCACACUUUAAGUAGCUGAAGUAUAUUAACUGUGUGAAGGACUGUCUUUUUAAUGUUGGAGGCUGAUACUGU